UGCCCCGCCCCCCCGCCCUUGCGGCGGUGGAAAGAUGGCGGAGUUGGACAUUGGGCAGCACUGCCAGGUGCAGCACUGCCGGCAGCGAGAUUUUCUUCCAUUUGUGUGUGAUGGUUGUUCAGGAAUAUUUUGCCUUGAACACAGAAGCAGGGACUCGCAUGGUUGUCCUGAGGUGAAUGUAAUCAAGGAGAGACCAAAGACAGACGAACACAAAUCUUACUCGUGCUCGUUCAAGGGCUGCACUGAAGUAGAGCUCGUGGCAGUGAUCUGUCCUUACUGUGAGAAGAACUUUUGCCUAAGACACCGUCACCAGUCGGAUCAUGAGUGUGAGAAGCUGGAGGUCCCAAAGCCUCGAAUGGCCGCCACCCAGAAACUUGUCAGAGACAUUGUUGAUGCCAAGACAGGAGGGGCAGCAAGUAAGGGGCGGAAAGGUGCGAAGAGCAGCGGGACAGCCGCAAAGGUGGCACUGAUGAAGCUGAAGAUGCACGCUGACGGGGACAAGUCCCUGCCGCAGACAGAAAGAACGUACUUCCAGGUCUACUUACCAAAGGGGAGUAAAGAGAAAAGCAAGGCCAUGUUCUUUUGCCUGCGGUGGAGCAUUGGGAGGGUCGUGGACUUCGCAGCUUCCCUAGCCAAUCUCAGGAAUGAAAACAACAAGCUGACAGCCAAGAAGCUGAGGCUGUGUCACGUCCCUUCAGGAGAAGCCAUGCCUUUGGAUCACACACUGGAAAGGUGGCUCACAAAAGAGGAGAGCCCUUUGUAUAAUGGAGGAGAUGUUAUUUUGGAAUAUCUUAACGAUGAAGAGCAGUUUUUAGAAAACGUUGACUCUUACUUGGCAUAGUCAUUCAAGGAUUCGAGCCAGCAGAAUCCCUAUAAGGAGAAAUCACUCUAAGGAGACAUCAGUUUCUUUUACUACAGAUACUUUUUAAAUCUCUCAGAGUCGCUGUCUUAAGACUUAUUUCCAUUACGUCAUAACUUACACCAGCAUUUUUCUACUUGGUUCCGUGUUUUGUGUUUUAAAGUUUAACUACGUGUUGAUAGUUACUGGCAAUGUGUUUUUAUUAGCUGUCUCUGGGUCAGGCUAUAGAAAUAUCAGCAAAAGUGUCAUUCCUGGUAGACUAAUCCCAGCCGUUGACUGGCUGCUGUGUCACGUUCUGCACUACCAUCACUCCAAGAUCCCACUCACACAACACCCACUUUUUUGUGAUUUUGCCAUUCUAUGGCAGAGGAAGAUGAGAAUGGUAGACUCUUCGGUGGGGUCUUACAAGUGGUACUUGCCAUCAGUGUUUAAAGCAAGCCCCGUGAUUAAGCCUAAUAUUAUGCGGCCAGAGUACACAGCCUUACUGUAUACCUAAAUCAUGACGUAUGAAUUGCAGAAUCUUGCAGAUCCUCUCAUUCAGUCUUCCAGGCAUUUGGAUAAGACACCACAUAUAUAAGGAGGGAGAGUUAUUUUCUGGGUAUCAUGUAAUUGUACUGGCUUUAUUUCCGGUAAGGAAUUUUCUCCAGUAGGAUUCAUCUUUUUGUUGGUAUGAAUAAAUGUAUUACAGAUGAGAAGAGCAAUGGUAUAGACUGACUUUGUAAUAGUCUUGCUUGUUGCACCAAAGCAAGAUAAUUAUUGCAUUUUACCUAUAAAUUGAAAUAAGUCCUCUUGGGGACCUGAGAAUGAAUGUCUUCUGUCUGUGCUGGAUGAAGGACUACAUACACCCUGGAGGGAAAUCCGUACCCCAUCCUACCCUUUCUGUAUCAGUUUCUCACAGCAGCAGGUUAAUUAAAGAGUAUCUUUGCCAG